UAAUAAAUUUAACUCUAUAGGACAAAAGAAACAAAUAAUUUGAAUGAUGGAUGAAUAUAUCAACAAUCAACAAGUAUUAUUUUAUGUGGAGUAAGGAUCCACUCCAUAACCAAGAUAGAUAGGCCAAAUUUGACAAUAACCAAGAUAUUUUGACUACAUGCUUCCUAUUUCUUGACUGCAAGCAAGCAAGAUUUUAGGCUCUGUCACACAAAACAUGACACUCCCAUCUCAUGUAGUUAUCAAUGGUGAUGCUUCACUUGACUCUGGGCAUAACCGUCUUCUUCAACUUGGUUACAAACAAGAAUUGAAGCGCGAUCUCUCGGUGGUUUCAAACUUUGCUCUUUCUUUUUCUAUUCUAUCUGUGCUCACCGGUAUCACAACCCUUUACAACACUGGGUUGAACUAUGGUGGCCCGGUUUCUAUGCAAUAUGGUUGGUUUUUGGCUUCUGCUUUCACCAUGCUUGUUGCACUUUCAAUGGCUGAAAUUUGUUCAGCUUUUCCGACAUCGGGCGGUCUUUACUAUUGGAGUGCCAAGCUUGCUGGUCCCAAAUGGGCACCUUUUGCCUCCUGGAUUACUGGAUGGUUCAAUAUUAUUGGCCUGUGGGCAGGGACAACAAGUGUAGAUUUUUCUCUUGCACAACUCAUUCAGGUCAUCAUUCUCCUUAGUACUGGUGGAAAAAAUGGUGGUGGAUAUGUAGCAUCUAAAUAUGUAGUUCUUGCUUUCCAUGGUGGAAUUUUGCUCCUUCAUGGUAUGAUAAACAGCCUUCCUAUCUCUGUGUUAUCAUUCUUAGGACAAGUCGGUGCUAUUUGGAAUGUUUUAGGUGUUUUUGUGCUUAUGAUUCUCAUUCCAUCUGUUGUGACGGAAAGGGCUAGUACCAAGUUUGUUUUCACUCAUUUCAAUGCUGAUAAUGGAAAUGGAAUCAAUAGCAGACCCUACACGUUUCUCUUAGGACUUCUAAUGAGUCAGUAUACACUUACCGGCUAUGAUGCAUCAGCUCAUAUGACAGAAGAAACUAAGGGUGCUGAUAGGAAUGGACCAAAAGGAAUUAUAAGUGCUGUUGGGAUAUCUGUUAUUGUUGGUUGGGGUUACAUAAUCGGUAUCACCUACGCCGUUACUGAUAUUCCUUACCUUUUGAGUGAAAACAAUGAUGCUGGUGGGUAUGCCAUUGCUGAGAUAUUCUAUCAAGCAUUCAAAACAAGAUAUGGAAAUGGAAUUGGAGGUAUUAUUUGCUUAGGAAUUGUUGCUGUCGCCAUUUUUUUCUGUGGUAUGGGUAUAGUUACCAGCAAUUCAAGAAUGGCUUAUGCUUUCUCAAGAGACGGUGCCAUGCCAUUUUCGUCUUUGUGGCAUAAAGUUAACAAGCAGGAUGUUCCUAUAUAUGCAGUUUGGCUUUCUGUUUUUAUAUCAUUUUGCAUGGCCCUAACGUCUCUUGGAAGUAUAGUGGCAUUUGAAGCCAUGGUGUCCAUAUCAGUGAUUGAUCUCUACAUUGCUUAUGCACUUCCUAUCUUCUUUAGGGUGACCUUAGCAAGAAAGAGCUUUGUUCCUGGACCUUUCAACUUGGGCCGUUAUGGAAUUGUUGUUGGUUGGAUUGCAGUUAUUUGGGUGGUGAUCAUAUCCAUACUAUUCUCAUUGCCAGUUUCAUACCCAAUAACAAUUGAGACACUUAACUACACACCUGUUGCACUUGGAUGUUUGAUCUUCCUUAUACUUUCUUACUGGUUAGUCAGUGGUAGGCAUUGGUUUAAAGGACCUAUAACCAAUUUACAACAUUGAAGUUGUAUACAUAAUAGUUUAUUCUAUAACCAAUUUAAAAUAUUAUGCAUGCAAUUUAUUUGUCUAAUAUAUAUUGGAUACUGGAUAUCCAUGUGACCACGUAUCAAAUUACUUGCUAAUAUAGUUAUUGUUGUUUUAUGAUUUUAAAAUAUGACAUUCAAGAAAUUAUCGGUCGAUUGCGGACUAGAUCGCUCUCUUUAAAACGUUUCGUGACAUUGUUCAAAUUGUGCAAGGAAGACGAUCAACCAUAAUUUCUCCAAAAUACAACAGUCUAGUUCAAAACUAAUAUGAUAACUAUUACGCAGAAGAUAACCGGUCUAGAAAUAUGUACUUGUCAAAAGUAUAGGUGUGCGUGGUAUUCCUACGCAGGUAGGGGAUACUCAAAGGCCUUAGUAAAUUAGGGUGGUUAGGGCCUGGCUG